AUGGAUCUCGUGUUCCUGGUUAUCAAUGGCGUGGGGAUGAUUUUGGACCUGCUGGUCAUCUUGCUGGAUGUCAACUUCUUCCUUGUUUCCACACUGGUUUCGAUCCUCCUCUGGCUCAUCGCCUUUGCUUACAACUUGCCCAAUGCCUUGGUGGGUUGCAUGAUCCACUGCUGGAAUGGGAUAGUGUUGUUCUUGCUGUGUGUCGUGGAGGCCUUGUACUACCUGACUCUGGGCUCUGUACAUGCCAUCUUCAACUUGCUGCGUGGUUUGUGCUCCAGCAUGGAAAGCCUGAAAGUAGUGGGGCACCUGUUCACCCAUCUGAUGUUGAGGAGCAAAGAAGUGAUGCACCGAGGGCUCUGGAACCUGGUUGGAUCCGGCCAGUCGCUUCUGAGGCAGGUGUGUGAAGUGUGCGCCAUCGCCAUGAGCCUUGUGGCUUACUUUGUCAACAGCAUCAUCAACAUCUGCCUCAUUGGGACCCAAAACCUUUUCUCCCUGGGGCUGAUACUGUGGGAAACGAUUGUCAGCCCUUUCCUGAGCGUCACGGACAUUUUUGCUGCUUUCCUCGCACGCUUGUCCAGCAGUGCCAUCGCGAUGUCCAUCCUCCUGUGGUCUCCUUGCCAGCUGGCGUUCGAUCUCCUUGCCUCCAUGAGCAAGCUGCUGAUUAACGUCUUCUUCCUCAACCUUUACGGCUUAGUGUUGCUGUCGGGGCUGGUUGCUGCCUGCGCCUUAACCCUCAACCCUCAGCUGACGUGGACGCUGGUGGACCAGGUGACUGGCUACUUGAACUCUAUGCCUUCCUACCACCGGGUGCGCAGGGACUUGUGCCGCCUCUACCAAGUUGUGCUCUUAUCGCUGGACAUGAUCUUGAGCUCGCAAGCCUGGCGCAGGUUGGCAGACUGGGGUCUCCAGAUGGCCAACUGGAACCGAGGGGGCAGGGGAGCUCACCACCGCGGGGAUCAACAGCAAGAAUGGCUACCAUUCUUGGCCUAUAUUCUAAGACUACCUUCUCUUAGGGUAGCUUAUCCAAGACGACAGGGGUUCUCUGCUGCCAGUCAGCAGGCCGCAGUGCCCGCCCGCCAAGCACAGCAGUUAACCCGAGGCAGUGGAAACCAGCAUAGAAGAGACAUUGAUCUGGGACCAGCUGCGCAACUGAGUGUUCUGGCUGGCCGGCAGCCCCAGACUCAGAGCGAGGGUCCAAGCACGUCACAUACCAAACCUGCAACAAAAGAGCAGUUAAAUGCUCUGGAGGAGGACAGUGACCCGUGGCUUCUUCUGAAAGAGCAAGAGGAACGGAAGAAGUGCGUUAUUUGUCAGGACCAAACAAAGACAGUCUUGCUGCUUCCCUGCCGCCACCUUUGCCUCUGCGAAGAAUGUACUGAAAUCUUGCUGCAGCAGGCCGCAUACCAGCGCAAUUGCCCGCUCUGCCGGCAGAUGAUCCUGCAGACUCUCAAUGUCUACCUGUAAACGCCGCUGGGGAGAACUUUAUUAUCUACAUUCCACCAGACUUUCCAGGCGCACGGAGUGGUGUCUCUCACCUUUGUGCUCACUGCUUUCU